ACCACGUGACCUCACUAAGCUGUGUUACCGGUUAAGCACUAGGUCCAACCUGAAUCCUCGGCCUCCAGUACUUUCUGCAGCCGGGUAGCAAGCUUCAGUGAGCGGGCAGUGCUGGCAGGUUAUGCCGGUUACGUUAUGGAGGGUUUCUGCGAAGACCUGGUGACUGCCCUGAAGGAAGUUGUGAGCAACACCAACUGGCAGUGUGUCGGGGGGAAGGACAAGUUCAAAUCCCCAUGCACCAAGUUCUAUUCAGAAGAUGGCCAACAUGUGGUUUUAAUUCACACAGGAGAUGACAGGUUCUAUGCCAUGGAUUCCGCAUGUCCUCAUGAAGGAGGGCCUCUAGAGCAGGGAGAUAUUGAGGAACUUGCAAACGGUCGUAUGGUGUUAACGUGUCCCUGGCAUGACUUUGAAUUCUGCUUGAAUGAUGGGUCAUCUUCCUCUGGAUUGCAGAACAAUGUGUAUGAUGUAAAGGUAUACGAGGGGAAGGUUUAUAUCCAAACACAAAAUGCAUUGUCUCUAGUUCCUUGGAAAGAAACCCUGUGUAAACAAACUGCUGCCAUGGAAACCAUAAAGCUUUCACCAUGUACGGACAAAGAGUCUUUAUGUUACUGGGCCAGCAGAAUACUUGGCACGGCUGAUCCAGAAGAGAAGGCGAAGCUCACACAGCAGGUACAAGAACUGUGGAACUCAGGAAAAAUCUCAGACAUUGGGCAAACUCUACCACCUACUCAGCCAAGCAGAAAGGAGAAUCUGACCAUAGUGCAGCCAGGCAAAAUCAAGAGAGGGAAGGGAGGAACACUGGCCAGUAGGAUUGCUUUGCUGCACUCUCUGGCUAACAUUGAGCAGUGGGCAAUAGACCUAUCCUGGGAUAUCAUUGCUCGCUUCGCUGGUUUCCAGCUGCGCACUGGGAAGAUGCUACCACGUGAAUUCUUCUCAGAUUUUGUUAAAGUUGCUGGAGAUGAAGCAAAGCAUUAUCGAUUGUUGGAGAAGCGUCUGUUAGAAUUGGGAAGUAACUUUGGUGCACUUCCUGUGCACAACGGCUUGUGGCAGUCUGCUGCAGACACAGCACAUGAUCUCCUGGCACGGUUAGCUAUUGUGCAUAUGGUCCAUGAAGCAAGAGGUCUAGAUGUCCACCCCCAGACGCUUCAGAGAUUUUCAGCCCAGGGGGACGAGUGCUCUGUCAAAGUGCUUGAAGUGAUCUACACAGAUGAAAUCACUCAUGUGGCUGCGGGGCUGAAAUGGUUUACAUAUAUCUGUACCAAAGAGCAGAAGGAUUGCUUAUCCACGUUCCAUGAGCUGGUACCAUUAUAUUUCAAAGGAUAUCUGAAACCACCUUUCAAUUCUGAAGGCAGGAAAUCUGCUGGAAUGACUGAAGAGUGGUACCUACCGUUGGUAAAGCCAUCCUGAGGUUAUUGGAGCAGCCAAACUGAUUACACAGAACAAUGUGUGCUUGUUUUAAAGCACAGUUUUCUAUAAAUGGUAUGCCCUGUAUUUGCAUUUACCUACCUAGACCAUUUCCUGAUCAUCUACAUCAUCAAGUUGUUCUAUUGAGUCUCACCUGAGCAAUUCUUGAUUUUAAUAUUUAAACCAGCAGGACUGCUGUUUUACAAUAUAUUUUUAUGGAAUUGAAAAUAGAUCUUUGAUCACCAUGCUGGUUUGCAAAAUGUUUUAUUUAAAUAAAAAUGUUUACUUACUUAAACUCCAGAUGAAUUGUUUAAAACAGCUUCCCAAAUAGCAUAUUGCAUCUGAUUUCUCUGGGUGUCAACACAGAAUAAUCAACAUGUCCAUAGUCUAUCUGGCUUAGGAGAGGCAGCAUUUUAAUACUGUAGCUCCUGGCAAUCAUUGCAUAAUU